AUGGAUAGAAUGAUUGAGGAAGUAGUAAGGAGGAAAUCACGGACGCCAAGCGAGGGCCUAAAGGAAUUGCUCAAGCAGAAAAUGCCCGAAGAGCAGAGGUCUGAACCCGGCAUUCAAGUAGAAUAUGAGUUUGUAGUUAAAACCGAUCCCACAAGGUUCGCGGAAUGUCCCAUUAUAGAUACUAGUGAUGGCCAUUACUUCUGUACUUUCGAUGGGAGAGACCUGAUGUUUGAUCCCAAUCAGACAUCACCGUACAUUUUUCUUCCGUUUCCUCUACGUAAAGCAAUAUUUCACAGGAGUGGAGAUAAAUUAUACUUCAUAACUUUAGAUACAUCCAACAAGCUUCAAUACUCGUUGCUUGUUAAUGGAUAUCCUUCUGAAGAACGGUAUGUGAUCUCAAGAAAUGUACAGAAAGUCACCAAGCAGUCAAACAAGGUUUUCUACAUUUCUACCAAGAACGAGCUCUCGUACAUAAACAUGGUUGUGGAAGACAAUGGGGUUCUUAGAGGGCGAAUGUGCACUUCUGGAAUCAAAUCGAAGGCCAGCAUUGAUAUAUUCUAUGCCAGUUCAACUCUGUUUAUGAAUACAGAAUAUAGAUUUCGUAGAGAAGAUGGAAAGGAACUGCCUGUUCAAGGAGACAAGAUGUGUGAGAUGGGAGGAAAGAUCCUUGUUUUGGAUGGAAGGGAGAAAGAGUCUUGCAUCUUUUUACUAGAUGAAAAAUACUGUGUGGCCAGCCAGCUCAAGAUUCCUGCAGCGGGACGUGCAAGCGACUUGUUUCCAUUGGGUAAUAUUACUGGAAUAGUUUCUGAGGAGGUUUUGUAUUUGGUUAAUGAGCGCAAUGGGGAGUUGUGCAUAGCAAAGGAAAUUGACUUGAAAACGCGUCCUCUCUGUAUAAGCCUUUACUUGAAGGAAAAUAUUGUAAGAAUAUCUGAAAUAAUAGUGGGUGAAGAUCUGUCUUCAAAAGAAUCUAGUUCCUCCGUCUUAAAAGACUUUAAUGUUGAAUCGAAUAGCUCAGUUGAAAAAAAUAGAGAUAUUGUAGAAAGUGCUUUGCCUGGUACAGGUAAUGUAAAGAUAGAGUCCUCCGAAGAUGGUUAUGAUACCAGCCCAGACAAGCUCUUUCUAGUUGGAAGCGAUACCCCUUAUGCAAAUUUAUUAUUAGGAAACCAUGCAGGCGAGGAAGGACAUAGGAUGGCAGGGGAAGGAAAUGUUUUUUCAAAAGAAGAUGUUUCUGUGGAUAGCUUCAGUCCAUAUAUACCGGACAAAAACGAUUCUGAAGAAAUAAGGCGUCUAGAUGAAAAGAUAGACAUGGUGCUAAGAGCCCAAAAAGAAAUUGGAGAAAAGAUGAGUAAGAUUGAAAGGGAUAACAGUGAGCGGUUCAAAAGAUUAUUAGAGAUGCUUGAAAAGUCCUAUGAGUCUAAGAAAACAUCAGGGACACAGGUGUUUUCGGCCGAAGAAUUGCCCAGGAUGGUUGAGAUAUUGAACAACCUUGAGGCCCGGCUUAGAAGUGAAACAUCUAACGAGUCUAAGGUUUUGAACUGUGUCAAGAAGAUCAUUCUUGGUACGCUCGUUCCAGCGGUCGAAGCAGCAAUGGAUGAAAUUAGAAUCCAGAUGAUAAAUGAGAUAAGACUCAUUCAUAAUGAAGACCACCUUAAAAAUGUUAAAAGAGCUGUCGAUGGGCUUCAUAGCUCUUUCAACAAGCAAAAUGAAAUCAAAGGACUUAUUUCUGAAGGGCUGAUUGAAGAGGCUGCAGAAAUUGCCAUCAAGGGAUCAGAGUCUAAUCUUGAGACAUUCGUCUCUAAUGUAGAAAUAUCCUGCUUAGAAAAUCUUGCAUCUUCCAUGCUUGUUGCACUUCUUGAAAGGGUUCUGGUAAUAGCCAAGGACGACUUUAAGUCCGUCUAUCAGAACUUUACGUACAUGGCGAUGAUGUGCCUUGAGCCCAACGAUCUAAAUGACGAAGAGGUGCAGGUAUUGGAAAUCCUAAUGACAUACAUCAAUAAUAUUGAAGACCUCACUCUGAGCGAUGUCAAAGGACUGCCUGUCAUUUUGGACUUUCAAAGACUUAAAUUGAACAAAAUCAAGGACAAGAGAGGAAUCAAGUAA